UUGAAGUAUGAUGUUUGGUUUACAAUCAUCUUCAAUUUGGAACCUAACCCCAAAACCCCAAAUAAACAAAUUGAAGCGCUUCUCAAACCUCACCACAACAAUGGCGGGAAGAAGAACUCUCUUCAACCUCUCUUCUUCCUUUUCUCUUCACCCUAACCGUUUCCCAUUCCUCACUUCACUUUCCAAACCUACCAUCCUUCUUCCACCACGAUUCAGAUUCAGACCUCUCUCUUCCAUCACCUUAUCUCCCGAAGAAUCACUACACUCUGACCAACCUAAACACUCCAUUCUCUUAGAGAAGCUCAGAAUAAGACACAUCAAAGACGCCGUCAAAACCACCGUUGAAGUUGUUAAGAAGAAUCAGAAACCAGAGGAGGUGGUGAAGAAGAAGAAGGUUGUUGUGGAUGUUGGGAGUUUUAAGGAAUUGGGAUUAAGUGAUGAAGUUAUGGGUGCUGUUAGAGAAUUAGGUAUUGAAGUUCCUACUGAGAUUCAGUGUAUUGGUGUUCCUUCUGUCUUGGAUGGGAAAAGUGUUGUUUUAGGCUCUCAUACUGGUUCUGGAAAAACUCUUGCUUACUUGCUUCCACUUGUUCAGUUGCUAAGACAGGAUGAGCAAUUGAAUGGAAUACUGUUGAAGCCCAAGCGUCCCAGAGCUGUUGUGCUAUGUCCUACAAGGGAGUUGUCUGAGCAGGUUUUUCGAGUUGCGAAAUCAAUAAGCCAUCAUGCAAGAUUCAGGUGUACCAUGGUAAGUGGUGGUGGCCGUCUUAGGCCUCAGGAGGAUUCUCUUAGUAACCCCAUCGAUAUGGUAGUAGGCACCCCUGGCAGGAUCCUUCAACAUAUUGAGGAGGGAAAUAUGGUAUACGGUGACAUCAAAUACGUGGUAUUAGAUGAGGCAGACACGAUGUUUGAUCGGGGUUUUGGUCCUGAUAUACGCAAAUUUCUGGGCCCAUUAAACCGUCGGGCUUCGAAACCUGAUAGCGCAGGCUUCCAGACUAUUUUGGUCACUGCAACCAUGACAAAGGCUGUGCAAACUCUGGUUGAUGAGGAGUUUCAAGGCAUUGUACAUCUGCGGACAUCCACAUUACAUAAAAAGAUUUCUUCUGCUCGUCAUGAUUUUAUUAAACUUUCUGGUUCUGAGAACAAGAUGGAUUCAUUACUUCAGGUAUUAGAGCCAAGUCUUGCAAAGGGUAACAGAGUAAUGGUUUUCUGCAACACAUUGAAUUCUAGCCGUGCUGUGGAUCACUUCCUUGGUGAAAAUCAGAUUUUUACCGUGAAUUACCAUGGGGAGGUACCAGCAGAGCAAAGAGUCGAAAAUCUCAAAAAGUUUAAGAGUGACAGUGAAGAUUGCCCAACAUUGGUUUGCACUGACUUGGCUGCUAGGGGUCUGGAUUUGGAUGUAGAUCAUGUUAUCAUGUUUGACUUCCCUUUGAAUUCUAUCGAUUACCUCCAUCGCACAGGUAGAACUGCUCGUAUGGGCGCAAAAGGGAAAGUAACGAGUUUGGUUACAAAAAAGGACAGCAGCUUGGCCAACAAAAUAGAGGAGGCGAUAAGAAAGAACGAGAGUUUGGAGGCUAUCACUAAAGAAAGUGUCCGAAUAGACGUAACAAGGAACCAAAUCACUGAACAGAGGAGAAAAAACAAAAAUGUGGUGGUUAAAGCUUCAAAAGUUAGGGAGAAAAAAUCUGAUCCUCGCGCCAGUUCAACAAAUACCAGGUCAGGUGUGAAAUCUGGUAAACAAUCACCACCAGCAAAGUCUACUACAAAGAAAGGGUUUACCAUUACAAAAUCUGUAAAAUCCUCCAGUACAAGUAGCUUCAGAAAAGCUUCUUUGGAUAAUAAGCGAACAAGUAAAAGGACCUCUGAAAAAUCUUCCAGUACAAGUAGCUUCAGAAAAGCUUCUUCGGACAAUAAGCGAACAAGUAAAAGGACCACCACCACCAAAUCUACAAAUUCUAAACUUAGUGUUGUAGGGUUUAGGGGGCGGAAUGCAUCAUCAAAUAGGAGACAAACAUCUUAGUGAAGUGGAUUGGAGUCAUAUUAUACCAAAAUAGUAAGUAAAUGGCUCUUGGUUUUGUAUUUGAUUCAAUUUUUUCUAUAGCAAGAAUAGUGUGAUAAUUUAUAUGGUUUUGCCACAUGAAUAGUCCAAGUUAAUUUUUUUGAUGAUAAAGACACUUUCAAACUAAGGAGUCAUGAUGCAUUCUUUUCCACAAUGAAAGGACAUUAUAUUAUAUACUC